AAUUUCAGAAGGCCCUUCAGGAAUAUUCCAGUUGCCUUGCCCUGGUACCUUCCAGUAAUAUUGCCAUGAGAAGAGAUUUAAAAGAGAGUCAGGCCCGCUGUUUAGCUCAUCUGGGGAAACACGAGGAAGCCAUGAGAAUUGCAGAAAACCUGAAAAACGGGGCAACGAAUACCGACCAUGUAACAGCCGUACUUAAUCUGCAAUACACCAUUUAUCGUCUUCUGGAGGACAUUGAGAACGUAAUCGGGUGCUUGCAAAAAUUGAUCUCGCUGCACCCGUUUCAUCCGCAAACUUGGAAUUUGCUGGCUGAAACUUACCUGAAUUUGUUGCAAUUCCCGGUCCCCUUAUCUUCUGGAACCAAAGCCCACCUGUGGCAAAGCGAUGGCUUAAUUGCAGGCAGCUGCCUCCGGGUAUCAUCCCAAGAAGUCAGCAUUGUAUGUUAUCAGACACAGAGCCUGAGGAAGGAUGGUCUUUUGUCAUGUACCAUCCACACCAACGACAGCUUUGGGCCUUGUGUGGAAUUGUCAAGUGUGCAGAGACCUGUUUGUGCCCUGGAAAAUUCAGGGCCACGACCCACAAUGAAGAGAGCUCCCUUAGGGGAGAGAAGGUUGAAAGACACGUGUGUCUAUGCGUGUGCCUCCUUUGUUAGAGCCAGUCCAGGGCAGCAUCGUUUGACUGGGGACGAUCUAGCCGUGAUUGUGGGCGUCAUCUAUGAUUCGCGAGGAAACCGCUCUAGCAGCGAAGCCUCCGGAGCUUGUCGCUCACCGUCGCCGGGGAUGGCGCUUCUCCCUUUUGCCUUCGAGGAGUCGGUCUUCGAAGAUGAGGAGGGCGGCGGGGCGUCCAGGGCUGGCGGCCCCCUUGCUUCUCCUUACAGCGCCCGGUGCUGCGAGCCCGAGAUGAUCGUCCCGAUCCUUACAAAUCUGAACAAGCUGGGAUCCAAUGCUGUAAUUGAUCAUGAUAUUGAGAUCAAAGCAGGCUGUUCGGAGUGGUUUUGUGAACAGGUAGACUGCCAGGACGAUCUUGAAAGGAUCAACAUAAAAAAGUUCAGAGGAGAUCUGGCCUAUAAGAAACAAGAAUUUCAGGUUAUGGGAGAAGAUCUUGUCCCGGAAAAGCUGAAAGGAGAAGCUCAGGAAGAGGUGAAAUGCUUCUCUGCUACAGCCUUCCCAUCCAUCCUGACUGUAUCCACCGUGGAGUUUGAAAGAAAAUGGUUCCAGAAACUCCAAGGCUGCUUUCAUCACAUGGACUGUCCCACCUAACACCAUGUGGCUGCACUGAAGAGCUUCUUCGGUUUUUCGGUCCUGUUUAUCCCAUCUGUAUUUUAACAGAGCUGGAAGGGACCUUGGAGGUCUUCUAGUCCAACCCGCAGGAGACUCUGUGCCAUUUCAGACAAAGGGUUUAGCUUGCCAAGAGAACAUGGGAACAGGAACGGAGCCUUUCAUUGUAGCUCAUGCAGUUCACACUGGAGUAUUUUUACCAUUGGGAAGGAUGAGCCCCUGCAUUUGAAGAUCACCUUAACAUCUGUCCCAUAUACCUGUUUUCGCCAGCUGUGCUGCCAUCACUGUUUCUCCCCAUCUUGAGGCUCAGUAAUUGGAUCUUGUCUGUAUUUUAUUUAUGUCUUCGAGGUUUUGUAUAGUUUUGAUCUUUUUUCAGAUUGCAAGCUUCCCAAAGUUACCCUGUGGUAAGAUGGAUGGCCAACAGGUUUGCAAAUAAAUAAAUAAAGGUU